CCUGAAGAAGAAGAAGAAGGCUGGUGCUCCGUUCCGCGUUCCUUCUGUCUCCUCCUACUCCAGUCCUCCACCCUCCCCUCCCCGCACUCCAUUCCUGACCAGAGGGAUAACAGUCAGUUGAACAAGGACCAUCGCAAGGGCUAUCACCUGAAUACAAUAUUGAGUGAGAACCUGAGAGCGAGGGAGCUGGGCGAGGGGUGGCAUGAUGGCAGGCAGCGGCGGGGCGGCGGCGGCGGCCCUGUCCUCUGACAUAAGCCGCCGCAACCCCCAGGACGAGUACGAGCUGAUACAGAGAAUUGGCAGUGGCACCUACGGCGAUGUUUACAAGGCAAAGCGUCUGAUUACCAAUGAGUUUGCAGCAAUCAAGGUUAUCAAAUUAGAACCAGGAGAUGACUUCACUAUCAUACAGCAGGAAAUACUUAUGAUGAAAGACUGCCGGCACCCUAAUAUUGUUGCGUAUUUUGGAAGUUACCUGAGACGAGACAAGCUCUGGAUAUGCAUGGAGUUUUGUGGUGGAGGUUCUUUACAAGACAUAUAUCAUAUAAUUGGUCCACUACAAGAGCGACAGAUUGGCUACAUGUGUCGGGAAACCUUGAGGGGCUUAGAGUACCUUCACCGCAUGGGGAAAAUGCACAGAGAUAUCAAGGGAGCCAACAUACUAUUGACAGAGAAUGGAGAUGUCAAGUUGGCUGAUUUUGGUGUAUCUGCCCAAAUUACAGCCACAAUAAGCAAAAGGAAAUCUUUCAUUGGAACUCCAUACUGGAUGGCACCUGAGGUAGCAGCUGUGGAAAGGAAAGGUGGAUAUAAUCAGCUCUGUGAUAUUUGGGCUGUGGGUGUGACAGCUAUUGAACUUGCUGAGCUCCAGCCUCCCAUGUUUGAUCUUCAUCCUAUGCGUGCACUAUUUCUUAUGUCCAAGAGUGGAUUCAAGCCCCCAACGCUAAAAGACAAAUCAAAAUGGACGCAGAACUUCCACCAUUUUGUGAAACUUGCCCUAACCAAGAAUCCCAAGAGAAGACCAACAGCAGAUAAAUUACUUCUGCACCCCUUCGUAGCAGCUGAUUUGCCCAGGUGGCUGGCUGUAGAGCUGCUACAGAAGGCCCACAAUCCUCAGCAUUCCUUCCCUCCAGAGUUAGAGAUGGAUGAAGAAGGAGCAGUCACGAAUGUCCCGCAAAGGAUAACCUCCAGAACACCAGCCCGUCCCAAGCAAAGGACCAAGUCAGAGCUACAUAUGGAGUCUGUCAACUUCGAGCCACCUCUAGUCACUGAGCUCAAUGCUGAACCACCACCUGCCCGGUACACAGUGGCUGGCCAGGCCUGGGACUCUGCCAUGGAGGAGGGUGAGGUGUCGCUGGAUAACCAUGACAUAGUGGAGGCCUGGAUUGGGAAUGACCCUGAUACGGAAGUAAAAACCAAUAUGACCUGGACCCAGUCCCUGCAUGGAGCUCGCAGAACCCGAGAGGGACACAGUGAGGCAGCCCAAAGUGGACCCCAUGACAGUGGAGGCUACAUUAGACUGGGUAUGGACAACACGGAGCAAGACUAUGCUAACCUACCCCCCAUAUACCUGCCAUAUCAUUCAGACUUGACCUUUGACCAACUAUCAAUUGGCUCUUUACAGAAUUCUAAUUCCCAACAAUCUGUAAGGAAUGUGGAGGUUGGUGAGAUAGAGCCCCUUCCAAGUUUUUCUCACAAAUACUACUUAAACAGUCCAUACAGUCAGAGGGAACAGGAGAAUGAAUACUCUUACCUUUACAGUAACAAUUUUUACUCCUUAUCUGAUUCUGACAAUAAUGGCUGUAUGACUACUCCAUUAAUUCUCAAGGAUGACGAAGUCCCUUACCAUGACCCCACUUGCACUGUAGUCAACUGCCAGCGGCCCAGCUGUUUGGUGCCCGAUCUCCCAGAUGUCUCCUCAGUACCUUACCAUUCCCUGACUACAUUUGACCAGUCAGACUCAGAGACUGAAUGCCCCACUCGCACCCAUACCCGCUCACAACACAACAAGCGACAUCGCCACUGGUUGAAGAACAAUUCGGGUUCCUUCAAUGCCCCCCAACCUGCCGCUCAGUCAUUCCGAGAUGCCAAGGAUGCCCCUUCUGCCUCGGAGGGCGUUCCAGAAUCCCUCAGGAGGGAGAAGCGCCCUCUCUCAGGCUCUGAUGUUCUGAGAAUGUCUCCAAGGAGCCUAUUGCAGUAUAUUGAUGAAGAGUUGCGAAUGAGACCAUGGUUCCUGUUGGGGCGCAUGUGGUCACGCCUGGUGCAUAGCCAUGGUCACAAGCGGUGGGGGCACAGCGAUCGUCUCUCUGACUUGGACGUGGAUAUGACCUACUCCUCCCAGUAUGUUGACAACUUGAUCUUUUGGCUAGUCUUGAAACCAGCACUCAGAUCACCAAGACUAAUGUUUGCCAAGCAUAUCUUUAAAAACAUUUGUCUGGAUUGUGCAUCAUUAAAGCUUGUACAGAAGAACAUUUUAACUUUUUUUUUUACUGUGCUAAUAAUGUCUUGUGAAAAGUUCAGAUUUUAAUUUUUUACUUGUUAAUAUCAAUUUUUUUUGGUGAUCUUUUGAGAAGCUGACUCUAGUAACCUCUCACCAGAAGUCACAUAAGGGUGUUCUUUGUGGGAAAAAGGUGGCUGAAAGAGGAGAGUAAUUUACCUGAAAUUUAUUUUAGAGUAAAAGAAAAAAAAAAAAGCCAUUUAGAAUAUAAUCUAAAGGUGAUUUGUUUGGCUAUCAUGAGAAAGAUUUUUCCCUUAAGUAUUGGAUCUUCAAGAAAGGUGAACCCACACACUAUAUUAAUGUUGUAUCAAUUUUAUUAUAAAAAGUAUGAACUAAUUUUAGCAUAAUAGUCUUUUAUGAGGUUUGAUGUUGUAUACCUGGGUUCCUUUUUGCAUAGCAUUCUUUGCCACACUCACUUAAUGCACUUUGGGUAUUAACUGGUAGAGAAUAUGUAUCAUUCCAUUAUUUAGUUUAUUAAUUCAUGCCACAUUUCUCACCCUCUCUGUUAGGAAAAUCCUAUUGCAUUCUAAAGCGUAAAUAAUGUUGAAAUAUAUAUAAUGUCCAGAGGACAGAAGAAAAUCAAGACAUAGAAAUGUAACAACAAUUUUUGUAAUAUAAUUAGAGGUGUGGUCUAACAUUUUUUCAGACACAGUGCAUAGAUGCCAUAUCCAUAAAGGUCACUAAAAAGGUUGCAUACAUGGAUGAUACAUUCUUUGAAUUUAGUCAGAGGAUCAUUUGAUUUAUUCCUUGUAGCAUAAUUUAGGUCUCUCAACAUGGAACACUGGAAAUCACAAAGAAAAAUCUAAAGUGUACUCAAUAGCUUUUAGAUAUAUAUUUAUGUAAUGCAAAUAGUAAUAAUACCCUGAAGCAGUGCUACUUGCUAUGUUGAUUUAUAUUCAAAGUGAAAACAAGUCUUCCAAAACAGCAUUCCCCCAACUAAAAAGGAUUUUUCAUGAAAAAAAGAUCAAUUUGAUUUGUACUCUACAAAAAGAGAACAUAAUAAUAUACUAUAUAUUCAUGUAAGGUAAUACAUGCAAGUGCACACUAGGUAUAUGCGUUUAAAUAAAAUUGUUGUUACAAUUACUUGUCUUCAUUAAUGUAUACUAGUCUAGACUUUAUAGUGCAGCCCUUCAGACUACUUUGCAUCUAUUCCAGGAUAUCCAUGUCAUAAUGAACAUUGGGUUUCUGUUGAUCAAGGACUUUUUCUUCUGCUUUUCCACAAUAGCUUCAUCUUAAAUAACAUCAGUUUUCUAAUUUGAUUUGAAUUAAGACUGUAAAUAUUUUUAAAGGGAGAAAUCUUAGCUUAAUGAUAAAUCCAUGCCAUUUGGAUGAUAGUAAAUAGAAAUACCUCUUUCAGCUUUAUUUUUUUCAGUGAAAAUAUAAUUCCUGUAGUGAUAACAAGGUAGAAUUUAGAGGAAUAGCUGUAACAAAGAAGCAUUAACAGGAGGUUGUAGAAUUUCUUGGGUUGUGUACAUUAACAUGUUGAAUUACAUGCAUGGCUAUGCAAACCUAGAUAGCAUGUUUAGCAUGUUGCACUUAUGCAUUGCUUAUGAGAUUUAUAAUGGUCAUUGCUAAUGU